UUUGCUCCCCAUUCCAAAACCCUCUGGUCUCACGAUGGCCCCGUCCAACCCUUCUUCUCCCUGGGAUCUCGUCUUCGGGUGGGAAGUGGGAGCGGAGGGUGAACGGCGGUGGUAACUGGAGAGAACUCUGAUGGAUUUUGGGCCGGGGAGUAGGAGAAAAGAGGAGAUGAUGCAUAUUUUGUAAAGCAUCUGGAUAGAAAGCAUAAGCAUCAAGUACGAAGAUAAUGAAGAUUACUGGGAAGCUGAAGUCUGGACCAGAUCUUUUCUUCUGACCCCAGUGACAUCCCAGGAAAACAUAUUUGAUCCAUGCAGGGAAUGUGGUAGUGACAGUUUAGUUAAUGAUCUCUUGCUGUACCAUUUGCCGUGAAAUUGAAGAGUUGGUUUUCUGUUAGCCUGCUUAAAGGUAUGUUGGAAGAUUAUGGAGAAGUGGUUAUGGGAAGUGUAUGGCUCCUUGUUUUACUAGUGGGACCAGAGAUUCCUUGACGUUACCCAUUUAGAAUCCAGAAGUGCUUUCUAGCAUUCAAGCUUCAGUGGACAAUAGAAGAGCUUUGAGGUUUUGGUUUAGUUGAUUGAUUCCAAAGGCUUCUCUUGAAUGAAUCUGAAGACUACUUCAGAACACUUGGGAAUCAUUGUGUCAACUCUGGAGUGGCUUCACAUUGAUUAGUUAGCUCAGAAGAUUUGACUCUUCAAAAAGGAUAUCAUGUCAGACCCCGUUGUACAAAGAUAUGACAACAAAGAAGAUACACAACUCCUUUUGAGUAAUGUGAACGUUAGAGAAUCUUGUUAUCAAUACCAAUCACAGGGGAUGGCACACUGGAUGCGCGUAGGAAGCAGUUCAACCAGUUCUAAAUGUUGUACCACUUCGGAUGCUCAAUACCAAGAAAAUAUUGUUAAAGAACAGGGGUACUUGCCACUUGAAACUACAAAAUCUAUAGAGGCCAAAAUAUUAAGCACAGAUAUGAACCAAGUAAAAACCUCUGCAAACAAGGGUGUGCAUAGAGCUGAACCUAAUGAACUAAAUGUGAUUUCAGAUGUUCACCAGACCACUGAAUCUGUGAGAGCUGAAAAUCGACAAUGUAAGAUUAUGAACAAUUCUGUGGUGCAGAAAAAAAUGAAGUUACUUGAUGCUAAAGCAGCUGUAUCAGAUACAUUAUCUGUUCAUAAGUUGCCAGAUUCUUCUGUAGAAUGGGAAAAGUUCAAUACAUAUCGUAUCAUGAAUUCAGAAAAUGGUAGUUCAGAAUUGAACCACUUUCCCAUGUUUGACAUCAACUGCAAAAUGGAGAGCAUCUUGAAUCCAAAAAAAAAGUCUGCACAUGGUGCUCUAGCUGGUGGUUUAUCUGAGCCUCAAAUACUACUGAAUGAAACUAAUUUGGCUCCCCAUGUAAUAGAAAUUGCAUCAGAAGACCAGCAGCUUAAAAUGGAAAGGAUGACACAAAAAAACCAAGAUAUUGAAUCUUGUCAAGAUGAGUUUACAGGAUCAAUCUCACACUCAGCAAUUGAAAGAUUAAAAUUAUUUGGAUCAGAUAUGAGGCCUUGUGAUUUGACUAAAGGAGAAAGUGAUCCUUCAAGCUUAGAGAAUGUGUUUAAGGAGCAUUCUCUAAAUGCAACCGUCACCGGUUUGGAACAUGUGUUUUGUAAUAUCUCCACCAAUGCUGCAUUCAUGAUGUUGGGAAUGAAAGGUGAUGACAAAAUAAUUGCUCGUGAUUUUAAGAGGUCAUGGUCGAGGGUGAGCAGUGGGUCCGCACAAAUACCUAGAGACUCUUGCCCUGGCAAUUUUCCUCUUCAAUUAUUAACUAGUGAACCAAAUGAAGAGCUACUUGAUGUUUCUACUCAGAAAAGCUUUCUAGGGUUGAACAAAUUAGAUGAUAUUGGAUAUCUUCAUCAUGUAUCACAUCAAAUGCCCAUCUGUUCCAAUCAUGAUAUGGAAACACUGAGAGUGCAGACCACUUUGAAUAGUGUGAACAAAAGAAUAGGAGAAUGUCAGAAACUUUUUGAUUCAGCCGAGAAUUUGUUAAUAACAAAGAAGAUGGGCACGGACUUGUCUCAUGGAAAACUAAUGAUUGAAAAGUCAAUGGAUUCUGCCAAAAUCAAAGGAUCUCCCUUCUUCCAAAUGCUAGAAUUACCUUCUAUUUCACAGUACAUUGGCAUCCAAUGUGAUGAUCUGCAGCCUCUAGUAAAGUCAAGCAACAUUGGGGACAGCGAAGAUGGCAUUGGCAUGUAUACUCUGGAAACACAGAAUGAACCAUCAUUUAAGACUGAUACAAUGUUUAUUCGUGUUGAUCAGGUACCAAGCUCUCCAGCAGGUGAAACUUCUUCCAGAGUGCAAGAGGGUGUUGUGUGCCCUAACCUGUCAAAAUCUGAGUCAACAACAGCUUCACCAGUCAAACAUGAUGGAAACGAAGAUGCAGAAACCGAGUUAUGUUAUAUGAAUGUUGAGCAUCCAACUUCUUUAGAGAGAGAAGCCUGUAUGACUAACAGGGAAAUGAGCACAUCUAGAACUGAGAGCAUGGAUGCAGAUCACAUUCUCUCUCAUGUUGAGAAGCCAAAUAAUUCAAAUACCAGGACCCUGCUGGAAAGUUCAGUAUGUGCAGAUGCAAGCAGCAGAUGGGUUAAACGUCUCAGACAUAACUGUUCAGAUUCUCGUGCCCUUGAUUCUAAGAGAUUGAAAAUUGGGGAUGGUCGGUCAAGUAGAGAAGUUGGUACCUUGUUCGGUAGAGUACUUAAUUAUAGCAAACCCAGCUCUGAUUUUGUGAAAUGUCUUCAAGAACAGCAGAAGCAUGAUAAGACCAUGCUGUUACCACAUAAUGGUGUGCAUUCCUCCGGGGUAUCAGUAAAAGAAAUGCAUUUUUGGAUUAGAAGAUGGUGUUGUAAUAGUCCUCAAGCAGCACCUGUUCAAGCAAAACUAGCAACACCAGUGCUAUGUGAGCCAGAAAACUCAAAAGUUGUACCUCAAAAUUUUGAUGGGAAACAAUUACCAAGCAUUGCAGCUAUGGCACUGAUGGGGAAAGCAAUAAACAAUUUUCAGCCAUGUGAAUUUCAGAGAAGGGGGUCUUCUGUAGUCUGGAGAACAGAGGGAUUCUGAAGAUCACAUGGCUUUUUAUGAAGUAAUGAUGAUUAAACUCAACCUAGGCUUCCUGUAUACUGCAGCCCAGGAGGCGCAGAAACUGAUGGAUAUGUCUAGUAAACUUGGUGUAGAUACUGUUUUGGUCAGUGAAAGGGGCUAAAAUUAACUGAGGUUGGGAGGUCGGCAAGAUUCAGCAUUGCACCUAGCAAAUAUUUGGCAUGGUAUGCACAGGUUAUGCUCGAAUUUGAAGCUUGCAGGUACAGCCAAUCAUGUUAUCAGCUUUUCUUGGUUAACUCUCUCUGAAGUUUUGACCAAGCACUGUCAUUGAAAUGUGAACCCCGACAUGGUUUGUUGACGUCGAGAAACAAAGAGUGUCUAAUAAAAUCAAAUGUCAAACACUACUAUUUUCCAUCAUUUUCCUUUAUAUUAUUUUCAGCAUGUUGUGCCUCAAUGGAUGUUGUUAGAUGGUUUUGCUUGUGUUGCUGAUUCCUUUCCAAUGCUUGGUAGCUUCGACAUGCAGAGUGCAUGUGAUUUACCCAAGUACAAAGAAUACUUGAUUAAGAUGGAGUUUUAUGAUUCAAGGGUUUAGCACAAUACAUGGCAGGGUUGUAUAGGGCACCAAUUACCUUGUGACGUGUGGAAAUGGAGCUUUUUCGGCUACCAGGCUGGGCCACAAAGAACCUCUCCCAUGAAAGUCUUCAAAGUUUCUGCAUGCCGAGCAAGGAAAUCCAACCUUAUGUUGUUCAAGCCACAACCAAGUAAGGCAAGAUAAAGCCCAGCACUACAACAUUGAUGUCUGAAACCAACACCACAGCAAAGAAUUUCAGAGAUGACCACAUUGCAGGUAAGAGCCAUGAACUUCAGAGAUAAAAGCAUUUGCCAGAUGAAUAUAUUGGAUGUGACCAAAAUGAACAAAGACAUAUCUAAUAGAAGACAGAAGCGUUCAGGAAACAGUUAAUAAAUCAGCACGCCAACUAGCUUCAGCUCUCUCGGCUGCCAUCGGCUAUUACCGCUACUACUUCCCUUGGGUUACCUGGGAGAUCACCCUCUGUGUAUGGGGCUUGUUAGCUUAUCAUUCCGCCUUCUAGCUUGGACAUUCUGCUUCUGUGGUAGUCUUAUGCAGUGCAGAGGCUUUGCUUGAUCAUUAGACUGCAGUGCAACAGUGGCACAAUGGCAAGUUUAACUUCCACCUUUACUGAAUUUAGCAUGGCCUCAUUUACACAGUAGUUGGCUUCCAGCACAACGCAAAAAGUCCAGUUACGAAGGUCAGAUAAUUAGUCUGCACAAUCCAUUCAUCUUAAUCUUUUCAUGCGAAACAGGGAGAUUCCCUGCAGACCAGCUCCUACCAAAAGGAAACAGGGAAAAAUCUUUCAGAGGCAUCAAGGAAAGACCAUGAUACUACAGGGGCUUUCAGGACUGCCUCAAGAGUUUCCGGAUUCUGUUACUGAAGAUAACAGAAAGAAGUAAUGCUUGUAGUUGUCUAGUUCUUGGGCCAAAAUAGAAAUUACAAACAGAAAGGCAAAUCAUGUGACACGCUGAUGCAUGAUAGGAAAGGUUGCUGGUUACAAUUACAGCAAUUUCUUACAUCCAUUGCUGAAAUUGGCAUCAGAAUUUCUCUAAACAUGAGAAGCUAAGAAUUUAAUGCUCUCGGAUCAUCAUUCCAUCCUCCACAUGGCACCCAGCCUGCGCUAGAGCUGAUUUGAAGAAUCCACCCCCAUCAAUUCUUGAAUCCAUGCAUGGUGGAGAGAACUCUGAGAUGAUGUCUCUGAGCAUGACGACACCCUCAAGCUGUCCUGAUUGAUUGACUAUGAAAGUGCAAUCACUCCCAGAUGCCACCAGAUGCUCCAUGGCUUGUUUGAGGGUGUCAGUCUUCCGGUUGGUUGUCGGGGUGCCUAUUUGAGGAAGGAACUCAUUCUUUAGGCAGAGAGCCCCAAUGGAAGCACGUGUUUUCUCUGCUGAUGAAUCGGUGCCCGCAUCGCUUCUUGCAGUGUUGGAUUUUUUGAUGAAUUCAUCAAUGGUGAGGCACCUGAAAAUGCAAGUGUUUUGCAUCAGCUCUUGUUUUUAUCAAAGUUGCGAUAAUAAGUGACGAGAACAAGGUUGUUCAUUGACAAUAGUCUAACAAGAGCAACUUUUUUCACUGAUAAUUUUCCAAUUUGUAUGCAUACUAUUUUAAUUUAAGUUUAAGAUUAUAACAGAAGUGAUAAGCUUCAAUAA